CACUCCUGCCCUUCUUGUUCGAGGUAAGAGGAGGAAAUCUAUUUUGGUCAGUUUUUUCCCGGAAUUUUAUUUGAUUAUGGCGAGGAAAGAAGCGAACUUCAGCGACCAAGCGAUGAAGUCCAUCAAUGAUUUUCGAAAGGAGGGAUUCCUUUGCGAUGUUACUUUGAACGUCCGUGGAGUUCCUUUCAAUGCACAUCGCAAUGUGCUUGCCGCUUCGAGUCCUUACUUCAAAGCGCUCUUCACCAGCGAAAUGAGAGAAAAUCAAGACAACACGAUCCAGAUAAACGACCUCAAUACUCAAAUAAUGGAAGAUAUUCUAACGUAUCUGUACUCUGGAACUGUUAUUCUAACGGAAUCCAAUGCAAUUGAGCUUACUGUAGCGGCCGAUUACAUGUUCCUUCCCAAGCUAAAGAAGAUGAGCACAGAAUUCGUGAGUCAAAAUUUGACAGCUGCUAAUUGUUUAGGAGUCCUUUCUAUCGCAGAGAAAUAUGCUUUUAAGGAUCUUUGUGAAGAAGCCCAGAAAUACACGCUGGAAAACUUUGCUACUGUUUCUCAGGGUGAGGACUUUGAAAAACUUAGUGUUGAACAACUCAUUGCUAUUAUUUCGUGCGACGACCUUGUGGCUAAAGAAAUGGAAGUCUUUGAAGCGAUUGUGCGUUGGACCAAUUUGCAAAUCGAUGACAGGAAAAAGCAUUUCGAUGCCUUGUUUUCCCAUGUGCGUUUGAUAUUUCUACCAAGGUGUUACAUUUUAGACGUAGUGAAAGAAGAGAAUUUGGUGAAAAAUAGCGAGAGCUGUCAAAGUGCUCUCCAGAAGACGGAUGAAUUCUUCCAGUCUUCGUCGCAAGAAAGACAAAACAAUAAACCGCCAUUCAAUCCGCGAACUUGCCAGAAUGGAGUACUACUUCUAGGUGGUUGGCUCGAGACCAACAAAAUAACUAACGCUGCCCAAGUAUUUGUUCCGUAUCUUGCGGAGUUCUUUGACUUGGCACCGAUGCUAUUUCCAAGGAAGAACCAUGGCGUAGCUGUGCAUGAAGGGGUUGUGUAUGUAGUUGGAGGAUCCUCUAUGCAAGAAUCGGCAGUUCGCAGUGUAGAGCUCUAUGACGCACGGUCAAAUACAUGGUCAAGUGUCAUGUCCCUUUGUAAAGAGUCAGCAGGUCUCGGUGUUGUGUGCCAUGGAAAUUACAUCUAUGCCAUUGGGGGACAUGAUGCAGUAGGGCAACACCUGAAUGUGGUCCAAAGGUAUGACCCAAAGCUUAACACCUGGGAGUUUAUGGAACCAAUGAGAGACAGCCGCACACAUCUUUGUGUUGUCGCAGCUGAUGCUUUUAUCUAUGCAAUUGGUGGAUUCAGUAAUGAAGUGUAUCAUCCUCUGAAUACCUGUGAAUGUUACAGCCCUGAAACAAAUUUAUGGUAUAAGAAGACACCAAUGAAAAGCCGCAGAUCAGGUGCAUGUGCUACAUACAUCAAUGAAAAGAUUUACGUCAUUGGUGGUGAAGAUGUACUUGAUAUGCCGUACAUUCAUGAUGCAUGUGAAGUUUAUACACCUGAAACAGACACGUGGACUGCAAUUGCACCAAUGUGCGUUGCACGCUCACAUGCGGCAGUCGCUGUGAUCAAGAACAAGUUGUUUGUGUUUGGUGGAGUAAAUAAAGGGAGGGAGUUACAUGGUGUAGAGUAUUAUGAUACUGUGAAGUGCCAAUGGGAGGUUUUUACCAGGUUAAAGACUGCAGUGGAGGGUCUUGGUUGCUGUGUGAUCACUGUGCCAGGGGAACUCCUCAGGUCAAUACUGUGAUUGGGCUUCAAGAAUAUUAAAUUGACUAGUCUUAAGACACCAGCGUAAGGGGUUAGCCUCACUUCUGAGGUUGGUAAACAAAAGCAGAAUUUAAGAUAACAAAACAACUCCAGGAUACAAGGCUAAGCCUAAGAGUUUUAAGAGCUGUGGUUAAUAGGACUUUUUCUCAUUCAAAUUUACCCAUACUGAUAACAGACUCAUUGAUACAGGUUUAAGCCAUGUUUAUAAGUCCACUUAUCACACUAACCAUUUUAAGUACAUUUGGAUUUCAAAGCAUAGGUAUUGUUUGAGUUGGAACUUUUUCACAUUACAGACAAGCCUUUUGCAAAGGAUUAAUUUGAACGAGGCCAAUUAAAACCUGUACAAACGAGUUGGUAGUCUACGAUUACAUUAGUAUUUACCAAAUGAGAAAAGGGACUAUUGACCAUGCUCAAAACUCCAGUGCAUGCAGGUUUAGCCUUGAUUUUGAUGAGUUUGAUGAUGUAUGGUAAACAAGCAGAAAUUAAAAUAACAAAACAAGCAACUACGUGAUUCAAGGCUAAGCCUGAACCUUGCAAAUUCGACUGAAUGCUUUGUGUUUUGACCAGUGAACUGAUGUAUGGAAAAUGGUGAAUCUAUUUCUUUCUAUCCCAUAUGCUGUUGACACCUACUAAAAUAUUGUUGAACAAAAAUGCCUCACCCUACCCCCUCAUCAUGCAAAAGCCUUAUGCCAUUUCUGAUUUACUAGAAAAAUCUAGGUUAAAAAUGUAUUCUUAUAAAUGAAUUAUUGAUUAAUGAGACUGUAUGACUUUGUGUUCAAAAUUUCUAUAUAGGCUUUAUUUAACACAACAUGUGCAAUAAGGAAACUUACAUGGGAUUCGCAUGAUGUAAUCAUCCAAGAUGUAAUCAUCCAAGAUGUAAUCAUCCAAGAUGUAAUCAAGGGCAAAUUUAGUGGUGGCCAGCCACGCCCCUCUUUGCUGAGGGAGAUUCUUUCCAAUAAAUCCUACGUGAAACACUAGAUUUUUUUAAAAGAACCUUACAUGAAUACUCCGUUUUAUGGUUUGGUUCAGUGACCAAGAAUAAUAGUUCCAAGCCAAGGUUGCAGUUGCCGAGCAUGAUAAAAAGUAUAGUUUUGAUAUGUGCAGAAACUCCAACCUUGACUUGGAACUAUUAUUCAUGGUCACUGAACGGAACCGUAAAAUGGAGUAUUCCAAUACAAUACAAGGCCAUUAAAUCAUAAUAUGAAAUUAAUUAGACAUCUUCAUAAAACUCAUAAUGCUAUAGUGUAGUAAGGUUAGAGGUAUGUUAUUUCAAUAAAUGUUAAGGUAUGUAUGGUGUUA